UUAUAUCAUAUAAUACUACCAUAAGAGCAAUAAAAGAUUUAUCUUUGAAUUUAUAUGAGGGACAAAUCACUGUUCUUUUGGGACCUAAUGGAGCAGGAAAGACAACAGCGUUAUCCAUUCUCACAGGUCUCCUUAAUUUUACCAGAGGAAAUGUCUGUAUUAAUGGAUAUAACAUCUCAAAGAACAUGAUGCAAGCUAGGAAAAGCAUGGGCUUUUGCCCUCAGGAUAACCUAUUGUUUGAGACAUUGUCAGUAUCAGAACACCUCUAUUUCUACAGUGUGAUAAAAGGAGUACCUCCAGAGAAACGUUCCAUAGACAUUAACAAAAUGCUGACUGCUUUUGGCCUGCUACAAGAUCAGGAUGAGUUUUCCAUGUAUCUGAGUGGAGGAACAAAGCGCAAACUCUGUCUUAGCAUAGCACUUCUAGGGGACCCCAAGGUCAUGAUACUUGAUGAGCCAACAUCUGGCAUGGACAUAGUCUCAAGGAGAAACACCUGGGAUAUCCUUCAACAGUAUAAAGUGGAUCGCACAAUCAUAUUGACCACGCAUCACAUGGAUGAAGCUGAGAUACUGGGUGAUCGCAUUGCCAUCUUGGUCAAGGGGACCCUGCAGUGCUAUGGCUCUCCAAUUUUCCUGAAAAAAAAAUAUGGUGCGGGAUACCAUGUUAUCAUGAUGAAAAAUCCUGAUUGUGAUGUUGAAAAUAUCACCCAACUGAUUAAUUAUCAUAUACCAACUGCCACUUUGGAGAACAAUGUUGGAGCUGAAUUAUCAUUUAUCCUACCCAGAGAAUACACACACAGGUUUGAAGCCCUGUUUACUGAACUAGAAAAAAGAGGGAAAGAGCUGGGAAUUGCUGGCUUUGGUGUGUCUCUCCCUAACCUGGAAGAAGUUUUCCUUAAGGUCACUAAUCAGGCAGAGUACAUAGCAGAUAAGGAGAAUGUCCUGACGAUCCCUUCCCUACUGGAGAAAAACAUAAGAGAAAGCGAGACCUCGAAUAUGAAACUGUCCAGUACUCUUGAGAGAUUAGCUCUUCACAGCUUGAACGAGCAUUCUAGUGCCAUGUUUAAUACUGGGUGUACACUUUACAUCCAGCAGUUCUAUGCCAUGCUUACAAAGAGGGCAAUUUUCACUAGUCGCAACUGGAUUUUGGUGUCAGUACAGAUACUGGGAUUUCUGGGUGUCUUUUACGUUGUGAGGAAUACUAACAAAGUGAAAUUUUUUGAUAUGAAAUAUGAGGACCCUGACAGGAAAAUGGAUUUGGGACAAUAUGGUCAAACCAUUGUUCCUUUCUCAAUUUCUGGAAAUUCUGAUUUGACUCUGAAUUUCACCAAAAAUCUUGAGAUCAUGCUAAAGGCUACGGAACAAAAACUUCAAGAAGUACAAGGUGACCUGGAGGAAUACUUGGUGGAAAAUCAAGAAUGCAUUUACUCAUGCAUUAUUGCACUUUCCAUUGAGGUUACUAGAGACAAAAAGACAUUUACCUUUUGGUUCAACAACGAGGCAUACCAUUCACCAUCAUUAUCCCUGGCAGUAUUAGACAAUAUUAUCUUUAUGUCCCUUUCUGGCCCUGAUGCUUCCAUUACAGUCUCCAACAAACCUCAGCCUCAAUUUAUUACUAAUGUUACAAAUGAUGAACGAAAACCAUCAGGAUUCACUAUAGCCCUAAACUUGUUUCCUGGAGUAAGUAUUUUAGUCAGUGGCUUUUGCUUCCUGAUGGUGAUUGAGAGAAUCAGUAAAGUAAAACACAUUGAGUUUGUGAGUGGAGUCUAUGCUGUGAAUUUCUGGCUCUCAGCUCUGUUGUGGGAUUUCCUCAUCUACUUUGUUGCCUGCUGCUUACUACUGGUGGUGUUCAUAUUCACCGGAUUGGAUGUAUUUAUCCAGGAUUACCACUUUAUGGACACAUUGUUCAUCUUCAUGCUAUUUGGCUGGUCUGUUAUUCCCUUAAUAUACCUAAUAAGUUUCCUGUUUUCUAGUAGUACCAUUGCCUUCAUCAAGAUCUUCGUGAUCAACCAAUCUGUAGGGCUUUUUUGUAUGAUUACAGAUUCCGUACUACAUGAUAUAAAGGUUUUAGAUUCAUAUGAACAUUUUAAAAACUCCAUACAUAAUUCAUUCCUGCUGUUACCUAUAUAUAACUUUGGGAUGUGCAUUACUAAAUAUUAUGAUAUGAAAAUGAGAAAGGUGUUGUCUUUCUCCUGGGAACAUGGUCCUAAAUACAUAGAUUGUACCAUAGCAGUAACUGAAUGUAAUAUAUAUAGUCUCCAAGAAUAUGCGAUUGGACGGCAUGUAAUUGCAAUGGCUGCUGAAGGACUUAUUUUCAUCCUGUUGAUUCUUCUUCAGGAGACCAACUUAUGGAGAGUGAAAAUGUUUGUGUUUCGCUAUAUUUUCUUUGGAAUCUACAAGAAAUUUAAUAAGGAUAAAUUAUCCCUGAAAUUACGUGGAGUAUCUGAAAAUGAAGAUGUACAAAAUGAAAGAGAGAGAGUCCUGGAGCAACCUCGGGAGUUGCUGAAUUCCCCAGUGCUUAUUAAUGAACUCACAAAGAUAUAUUUUACAGUUCCAGCCAUUGUGGCUGUAAGAAAUAUCUCCCUUGCAAUCCAAAGGGAGGAGUGCUUUGGAUUGCUUGGAUUAAAUGGAGCUGGAAAAACUACUACCUUCCAAAUUUUGACCGGAGAGGAGACUGCUACAUCAGGGGAUGUGUUCACUGAUGGCUGUAGCGUCACUAAAAAUAUGCUAAAGGUAAGGUCAAAAAUGGGCUAUUGUCCACAGUUUGAUGCCUUGCUAAAUUACAUGACCGCCCAGGAAAUAAUGAUCAUGUAUGCCAGGUUGCGGGGGAUUUCUGAGACCGUGAUUAACUUUUAUGUGAACAAUUUGUUGAAAAUGAUGAAUCUGCAAGCCCAUGCUGAUAAGAUUAUCUACACUUACAGUAAAGGAAGCAAACGUAGGCUGUGUGCUGCUAUUGCCCUAAUGGGAAAUCCCUCAGUUGUCAUCUUGGAUGAGCCAUCAACUGGCAUGGACCCAAUAGGCCGGCGCCUGCUCUGGAAUGCAGUGACACAGGCACGUAAAAGUGGCAAAGCCAUCAUCAUAAGCUCCCACAGUAUGGAGGAAUGUGACGUCCUCUGUACCAGGCUGGCCAUUAUGGUACAGGGAAAGUUUGUGUACCUGGGUAGCCCUCAAUGCCUCAAGAACAAGUUUGGCAACAUUUACAUUCUGAACGUCAAGUUCAGGACUGAUACAGUUGGGAAUAUAAUAGAAGAUUUUAAAACAUUUAUUGACAAGGUUUUCCCAGAUAGUGUCUUAAAGCAACAGAAUCAAGGGAUCCUUAACUACUCCGUUCCCAAGAAGGACAAUGGCUGGGGAAAGGUGUUUGGCAUUUUGGAGAAAGCUAAAGAGCAAUUUGAUGUAGAAGACUAUUCCAUCAGUCAGGUAACACUGGACCAAGUCUUCCUGACCUUUGCUGACCCAGAUAAAACAGCAGAAGAUAGUAACAAACAGCUGCCAUGAUAUUCAGCUGCAAACAGUGACCUUAGGUCUUUCAUAGACUACAACUGGAUGCAUAGAGGGACAUUCCUGUGUGUGUGUAUCUUGGUGCAAAUAUAUUUAUGCAAUAAAGAUUUCCCCAAAGGA